GUCGUUUGUCGUGUAGUGUUUGUAUUCAAAUAUUACUAUUUACGAAAUUCUUUCGAAAGUUUGAAAUAAAUGAUAUCGUGUAUAAACAGUAACGCUUAGAAGAGAUAACGUUAUUAUCAUUCUAUUUCUUAGUUAGUGUUCAUCUUGUUCUUUUUUCUUUUUUUUUAUUUUACUUGCUUAUCUAGCUUCUUGUCUCUAUUUCUCAAUAUAUUUACAUAAAUAUAUUCUAAGCAUCCGUAAUAAUAAUAUUCAAUUAAAAUGAUCCGUAAGUUCAUUGUUAGAACAUCGAAAAAAAUAUUAGAGCUGCGUAUUGCAAGAAAGGAACAUUUUAGAAAUGUACAUUUCAAGUUUUAUCCUAACGCAAGGUCGUUAAUAUCCGAGCGUGAGUAAAUUAUAUGUCCCAUAAUUGAAAAACCGAAAAAUUGAAUAUGUAUCAAGCCAUUAAUCAAGCUUUGGACAUUACUUUAAAAAAAGAUUCAUCCGCAGUCAUUUUUGGAGAAGAUGUUGCAUUCGGUGGUGUUUUUCGCUGCACCGUAGGAUUACAAAAACGUUAUGGUUCCGAUCGAGUAUUCAACACACCUUUAUCCGAACAAGGUAUCGCAGGUUUUGGUAUCGGUUUGGCGAAUGUUGGUGCAACCGCCAUUGCAGAAAUUCAGUUUGCCGAUUAUAUAUUUCCUGCAUUUGAUCAGAUAGUAAACGAAGCGGCUAAAUGCAGAUACAGAAGCGGCGGAAUGUUCGAUUGCGGAAAAUUAACGAUACGGUCACCUUGCGGUGCUGUAGGGCAUGGGGGACUGUAUCAUUCACAGAGUCCGGAAGCUUAUUUUGCUCACACACCUGGAUUAAAGAUCGUAGUACCUCGAGGUCCGGUGCAAGCAAAAGGACUUUUAUUGAGUUCUAUUGAGGAGCCAGAUCCUUGCAUAAUUUUGGAACCUAAGGUCCUUUAUCGUACGGCUGUUGACGAGGUCCCGGUUGGACAUUAUAAAAUUGAUAUUGGUAAAGGAGAGAUUGUUAAAGAAGGAAAAGACGUGACUCUCGUAGGAUGGGGCACACAGGUGCACGUACUAUUAGAAACAGCCGAUCUCGUCGAGGAGAAGCUCGGUGCAUCUUGCGAGGUGAUAGAUCUUCUUUCCAUUUUACCUUGGGAUGUUCAACUAGUUUCUAAGGUAAUCUAAUUCUUCUAAUUUGCAUAUUUACAAUUCGUUUCAA